UGUGGGCGCGUGGGUGGCUGAGCGCUGGACUCCGAGGAUAUGAUGGGGAGGGGAGUAGCGCUCUCUUUCCGCGGUCAGGGCACCGCUCCACUCCAUCUCAGGGCUGGGGUCUCUCGAGGGCUCGUGCGGGUUUUCUGCAGUGGCGGGAGGGGAGAGAGGACUCCUGCCUCUUGUUUUUUCCUUUUCCCCUCUGGUAAAGUCGAUGGCCUUUGUUUGAGGAACAAGCUUCAGUUGACUCUCCUUUUCACCACAGAAACGAUGCGGACUGUAGUAAAUUUAUCUGUGCCUGAGCGCCUUACUCCUCAGGCCUGGAGGGUCAUUCGUUCUAGUGACGCAGCUUUUAGGAUUUGGAGGUGUGAGAGGUCUGAUUAGGUUUUUCUGAGUCACGGUUUCAGUUACAUUUCCUUUCACUGUGAACCUGGAGUAAUGACCCCUCCACAUCGCAGUUUUUGAGGAUAUUUUGAUUGAUAAAAACAAAUGGGGGAGUUGUUUAUAUGAGGUGCUAGCUAGUUAUGAAAAAAUUAGUAGUCACCAUGUGGACCAACACAAUGAUUUAAAAGGUAAACGGAAAACUGCAAAAAGUGCAAGAAUGAAUCAUAACUAAGUGAAAGAGGAAGUCGCCGGAUUACUUGUGGAUGUUAUGUACAAUAAAAAAUUAUUUGAUAAAAAUUGAGGCAUAUAUCGAAGUGUGGGUUAAUUUGAUUUUUUUUUUCCCCGUAGAAUUAAGCCAAGAUAUCAAGAUGGGAAGCCCAUCAGACUCAGCUGUUAUUUUACCUAGCACUCCACAGGCCGGUGCCAAUCCACUACCUCCCCAAACAAGUAGUUCAAAAAAACAACCUAUGAGUGCAACCCUUAGAGAACGAUUAAGGAAAGCUAGAUCUUCAUUUAAUUCCUGUUACAGUGUGGUGAAACGACUUAAAGUAGAGAGUGAAGAAAAUGAUCAGACCUUUUCAGAGAGACCAGCAUCUUCAACAGAAGAAAACUGUUUGGAAUUUCAAGAAAAUUUUAAACACAUAGACAGUGAAUCUGAAGCAAGUCCAUAUUUGAAAAAUACCUUCAAGAAUAUCAAUGUGUGUGAAUCUAAAUCACCAGAUACUGAGUCAUGCAGUGAUCUCCAAAAUGACUUUAUGAAUGAGAAUCUUCCUAAACAAGAAUUAAACAAAGAAAGAGCAAAAUUGGUGAAGCAGAUUCAGGAGAAAGAAGACCUUCUUCGGAGGCUAAAACUAGUCAAAAUGUAUAGGUCAAAGAACGACCUGUCUCAGUUACAGUUGUUAAUAAAGAAGUGGAGAAGCUGUAGCCAGCUGUUGCUUUGUGAGUUGCAGUCAGCUAUGUCUGAGGAGAACAAGAAACUAAGCCUUACUCAGCUGAUAGACCACUAUGGGUUAGACGACAAAUUGCUACACUAUAACAGAAAUGAGGAAGAGUUUAUAGGGGUUUAAUUCAUAAUUUUUUCUCCAGAAUAUCUUUGUGAAUGACAACUUAAUUAAAAGACAUUUAUACAUUUUAAAGGGAAGAUAUAAACCAUUAGGGCUUAGAGAAAAGUAUCCUGGUGAACCUGGAUCAGUUUAGGCCCUGUGUUAUGUAAACUUGGUUCUAAAAUGAAAAUUUAAUAUUUUGAAUAAAUUUGUCAAAGAAAACUUAAAAGUUAAACAAAUGUGAAAAAAUUAAAUUAUGUUUAAAAAAAUAAUUUGGACAUUUCUGGAAAUGAGUUUUAAUACAUUGGUUUAUUGUGGUAAAAAGUUUUAAAUGUUAAAAAAAAAAACCAGUCCAUCUAGUGAAUGUCUAAACCUGAACUUGCCUAAAAAUCCCUGCCUCUCCUAAGUUUAUGAUCCUUGUUUCCAUCCAUUUACCACAUAUUUCCAUCUGGAUGGCCUAGCAGGUAAUUAAAUUCAGGUAAAUAAAAUUAUAUUGGUUUAUGUCUCUUAAUAUUUGUUACUUGUAUUCCUCAUCUCAUCUAAUGAAACAACCAUCUAUUUCUUAUAAAACCACAUAUCCUCAUCUCCAACUUCAAGGCAUCAUGGCACACAAGCCCUUUUACAUUGUUCUGUGAAAUAGGUUCAGAUUAGCAUCUGCUCCAUUAACAGUGACCCCUCAGCCAGAAAUCCAUCUUCACUGGGUUGGGGUUCUGGCUGCCAUGUUGUACGUUAUCUGUCAUCCUGGUCAUAGAUAGACAUAUAUGACCCAAGCUGCCCCUGAGAAUUUGGAAUUAAGCUCAGGAAAAGAAAGCCCAUCUCUUUUUGUGGCUGGAGCUGUUGUAUGUAAACUUGGAAGCAGAAAAGCUGGUGUGCUUAAGAAGGGCAGUGUGUGCCCUUACAGAGAAAGGCAGAGAUCAUAGAUGGAGAGAGAACUUUGUGGAUCAGUGACUUCCUGGUUCCAGUUUCCAAUCUUCCUGAGUGAGGGCUUUCUGGAUUUCUGUUCUUGGGUCCUUUAAAGGGCCAAGACAGCUUUCCUUAGCUUUUGUUUUUGUGUUUUUCAAUCUUUAAAAAAAGAUACUUCCCUACUACUUGGUAAACAGCCACUACUCUAAGCUCCGCGCCUCCCCCAGGUGCUCCUCACUUUCAGCCCAGUCCCUUCCCACGGUCUAACAAACUUUUAAUGUUCAGCAUAUCAGGACCCUGCACUUGCAUACAUUCUAGUUAUUAGUGCUCAUGCCAGUAACUUACCCCUCCUCACCCCCUAGUCUUGCCUUCCAGACACUGCCACUGUCAUUGGCUUCUAUGAACCCAAGAGGACUGGCCCAGCUCUCAUGUGGGCCUUCCCUGGCUCUGGGAUUCCUCAGUGGGCAUCCCUGGGGAGCUGUGCCGUUUUGUGCUGACCAGCCUCCACUGCUUCUUGCUACUCAGCCAGAGGCCCUAAAUGUGGAGGGGAAGCAAUCUCCCUGGUGAUGGUACUGAAAUUGACUGCAGCUACUCAAGACUAACUAGCACGUCGCCUGGUGUCCCUCUUACAUACCCACUUGGGGGAACGAAAGCAUCAUUAGGAGUCUGAUUCUGGGAGAGUUGGGGAGCAGUUGGGGUUACAGUAAUGGAGAUUUCCAAGGCAUUAGCUUGAUGCUUAGGGCUCCAGCAGCUCAGUGGGCACUUCCACAAGAGAAGGUAGGUCAUGGAAUGUAGAUGGGGCUAUGGGAAAGUUUGGGACCUAGGGAUGCCCAUGAGGCAGUCCCCUUUUUAAUAAUUACUGUUGAAUUUCACCUCCAUUUAAUAGUAUACAUUUAUUAAGAACUAAUGAAUACCAUAUUUUUAAUUCAUAAAAAUGAAAUCUAACACUUAACAUAGCAUUUGCUUUGUGCCAGUUUUAAAAGUAUGUUACCUUUAUAUAAAAUAGAUAAACAACAGGGUCCUACUGUAUAAUACAGGGAACUAUAUAUUCAGUAUUUUGUAAUAACCUACAAUGAAAAAGUACAGAUAUGUGUGUGUAACUGAAUCACUAUGCUGCACACCAGAAAAUAACUUUGUAAAUCAACUAUACUUCAAUACAAAUAAAGACAAAU